AAACGGGACCCUUAAAGUAAUUUUGGGAGCGGCCAGAGAUGGGAGGGGAAAAAAUGUGGAAGGGGAAAUGGGGGAAGGAUGGCACAGAGGAAGCGGCAGCGCGGGCAGGAUGGCGGCCGUGGGGCACAGGGAGUGCGCAGUGGGGAUCCGGGUUGGCCCCCGGUGCUCUGGGGGUGCUGGGGGGGCACCCCGGAGCUGUGUCCUGCACUCACAAGGGUGUUCCAGAGGAUGAGAUUGAAGAGUGUCACUUGUUGAACGGCACGGAGAAGGUGAGGUUCGUGGAGAGGUUCAUCUACAACCGGGAGCAGUUCCUGAUAUUGGACAGCGACGUCGGGGUGUACGUGGGGUUCAUCGCCUAUGGGGAGAUGAAUGCCAAGCGCUCUAACAGGCACCCGGUUCACAUGGAGUACUACCGGGCUUUGGUGGACACGCAGUGCUGGCGAAACUACGAGCUUUAUGCCCCGUUCACAACGGUGGAGCGCCGAGGAUGCUGGCCUGACGGAAGUGGGAUGUCUGCCAAGUGGUGCCUGCAGGUGUGUUCGCUGGACCAAGACUGGUUUCCCACAGAACCAAUCCUGAAACAAUGGGUCCCGCUCACUGCUGAGAUUGCUUUGUCCUGUUUUGGAACAUGGACUGUCCAUACCUGUUUUCAAUACACUUAUUCUCUGUUGUCUUAACCCAUUCUCCCCUCAGCAGAGGACUAUAAGAGACCCCUGAGUUAACCCAAGAAUUUGAGAUUCUCCUCGAUGUGACAAGACGGAUCUACUGUCCAGACCACAGGGAUUUCAUCUCUCCAUUGGCAGCUAUUCCCCCCAGCCCUUCUUUUUUCCUCUCUCUCUCUCUAUCCUUUAUCUCCUUUCUAAUCCUUCUAUCGCAUUUGCUGUGGGCACUCAGUAAAGGUGCAUUUGUUUUGAUGAA